ACUAAAUUCAUACUUUUUGUAGAGUAUAACUAAAAGAUUUAAAAGAGAAUUUUGCCAAGAAAAAAAAUCAUAGAGACCAGAGAAACUUCCCUAUUCUCAACUGUUUGGGAACAGUACCACGUUAAUCCCUUCAUGUGAUCAAACCUUCUCCAAAAGAAUUUCAUCGUACGAGGCAUCAGCGUGAGCCGCUUGCACAACAUCAAGCAUUUAUACGUGCCUUCGACUCUUUUCCAUAAAUCCCUGAAGCAUCCGCUUACGCUCUACGCCAUCAUCCCGUUGAAUGAGAUGCUGCUUAUGGUAUAUAUAUGCCUGCAGAUUGCAAAACCACAAGUUAUGUUUCCUUUUCCUACACCAAAACACAGGGAUCAAAACGAAGCCAAAGUCAGGCGAAACGAGGAAUCCGUCUUCAACUAUGGAUCACGUAAUGCAUGCUACCUCCGGGGCUCAUUUCUCCGGUUUGCGGCCCGACGGUAUUGUUUCGUCGCAGCUGACCGUACCACAACCCGCUGAAUAUAAUGCUCCCAAACAACCUUUUGUUAUCGGAGUCUCUGGAGGAACUGCAUCGGGCAAAACAACGGUGUGCGACAAGAUCAUACACCAACUUCAUGACCAUAGAGUUGUACUUGUCAAUCAGGAUUCAUUCUACCGUGGAUUGACAGAUGAGGAAGUGAAGCUUGUCCAUGAAUUUAAUUUUGAUCAUCCUGAUGCAUUUGAUACAGAACAAAUGUUGGAAUGUAUUUGCAAGCUUAAAUCUGGUCAAUCUGUUCAUCUUCCAAUAUAUGAUUUCAAGCAGCAUCGGCGUCGCUCUGACAGUUUCAGACAGGUCAAUGCAUCUGAGGUCAUAAUCUUGGAGGGGAUAUUGGUACUUCAUGAUCAACGUGUUCGUCAAUUGAUGAAUAUGAAGAUCUUUGUUGAUGCUGAUGCUGAUGUGAGGCUUGCCCGCAGAAUAAAUCGUGACACUGUUGAGAGGGGCAGAACUUUACAAUCUGUUCUUGAACAGUAUGCAAAAUUUGUGAAACCAGCUUUUGAUGAUUUUAUUCUGCCAUCAAAAAAGUAUGCGGAUGUUAUCAUACCCCGUGGUGGUGAGAAUCAUGUAGCAAUUGAUUUGAUUGUGCAACAUGUUGGUACAAAGCUUGGUCAGCACAACCUCUGCAAAAUAUAUCCCAACCUGAAUGUGAUUCAGUCAACAUUCCAGAUUAGGGGUAUGCACACUCUUAUUCGUGACAGAGAUACAAAUAAAAACGAUUUUGCUUUUUAUUCAGACCGGCUAAUCCGACUGGUGGUGGAGCAUGGGCUCGGAUACCUGCCAUUCACUGAGAAACAAGUGAUCACACCUACAGGAUCGGUAUACGCUGGAGUUGAUUUCUGCAAGAAACUGUGUGGAGUAUCCAUUGUUCGCAGUGGUGAAAGCAUGGAGAACGCACUGCGAGCUUGCUGCAAAGGAAUCAGAAUAGGGAAAAUCCUCAUCCACCGUGAAGGUGAUAAAGGAAAACAGCUUAUAUAUGAGAAGCUUCCCAUAGAUAUUUCUCAAAGGCAUGCACUGCUUCUGGAUCCUGUUCUCGCAACAGGUUACUCUGCCAAGCAAGCCAUCCAACUUCUCCUAGAGAAGGGUGUUCCAGAGUCCCAGAUAAUAUUUCUUAACCUGGUCUCUGCACCGGAGGGAAUACAUUGUGUCUGCAGACAGUUCCCGUCUGUAAAAAUUGUCACGUCAGAGAUAGAUGUUGCGUUGAAUGAAGAACUCCGAGUUAUACCAGGGCUGGGUGAGUUUGGUGAUCGAUACUUCGGUACAGAUAAUUAUUCAUUGCCGAUUGAAGACUGACCUGUUGUGAUCAUUUAAAAGUUAAAACGAAAAUUAUCUAAAGAUUAUGAAUUGUCACCUUAAAACUUUUA